AUCGGGUAAAGCGAGCAAGAUGAAGAGUUCCUUAAUAUCUUUAUGUCUUCUUUCUUCUUAUGUGUGUGGAAUAACGGCAUUUUAUAAUUUAGCAAUUGGUAAAACGGUGUCAGGCUUUUACUAUGAUAACUAUUUUGGUGGAUACAAUGACAUUAAUACUGAAAAUUUUACCAACGGAGAUGGAGUUGACAGCUGUGAAUAUUUUAAGGGGCACUAUUUUCAUUUUAACAUCAACCUUCAAAGGAAAUACAGCAUUAAGUUGUCGAGGAUUAUAUUCAAAGGAAAUUUUUCUACAAACGGAACGAAUUUUCAGUGCUACGAUGAUAUACAUGAUUGGCCAUUUCGCGUCACUGAUUCAUUUAGAACCGACGUUCCAAAUACAGUAGACUUUGAUAUUCAACGUACAGGAUCAUACAUUUACUUUUAUAUGUGGUUUGAUUCUCUAAUCCAUUUCGAAUUUGAAAUAUGUGAAAUAGAAAUACAUGGAUGUGAAGUUGACCACUAUGGUGAGGACUGUCUGCCCUGUAAUAAGUCUGAGAAUUGUGAAGAGUGUGACGUUAACAAUGGAGCAUGCUAUGUCUGCAGAGAAAAUUAUACGGGACCGAACUGUAGCAUAAAUAAUGAAAAUGUGGCUUUACAAAGCCAUACUUGGCUUUAUUACGUGGAUCAAUAUUCGUACUAUUUACCUUCCUAUCGUCUGUUUGAUGGAUCCACAACACAGCCCAGCUGCAUUGAUUUUACCUCUUCUUGGACUGGAAAGACGUAUAACUUGAACAUUUACUCGAGGAGUUCCUCGUAUUUUAUUCACAACAUCAAAGACAUACGUUUUUAUUUCAAGAAUAAAGGGACAUCAAAUAUUAGAUUCCAAUAUACCAUUUGCCUAUAUUGUUCAUCAGAAAAUCAACUCAAUGGAGAAGAAGAGAUAUCUUCCUCGUCAUCAAUCGUGAUAAAAAUACCGUAUCUGAAACAACUCUACUACGAGUAUAUGAGUAUUUUGUUCAGUUUUUCUGUUGACGACCUCGCAAAAAAUAACAGCUUUUCACUUUCCUUCUGCGAAGUAGAAAUGUAUGGAUGCCCUAGAAAUCAUUACGGUAGCCCUUGCAGACCAUGCCUUUCAAAUUGUGACGAAUGUAAUGCUAUUGACGGGUCUUGUAUUUGCCAAGCUGGUUAUUCCGGUGUAAACUGUACAGAUGUUUGUACUAAUGGUACGUAUGGUGCUAACUGUGUGUACAGCUGUGGACAUUGUUACAACGAUACUUGCCAUCACGUGACCGGGGACUGUUUACUCGGUUGUACUGAUGGUUGGACAUCAAGCAAGUGCAAUCAAGUCUGCAGUUCUGGUUACUAUGGACGAGAUUGUACACAGAAUUGUAGCAGUCACUGUAUAACACCGUAUCUGUGUGAUCGGUAUAACGGGUCUUGUAUUGGAGGAUGUGCUACUGGGUGGACAAAUGAUACUUGUGAUAAAGUUGAUACAGAUUAUUGUGUUGACUGGGCACCAUCAGAUGUAUCCGUGUCAUACCAUAACAUGACGUGGAAGAAAGAAAAAUAUAACAACAUUAUCAGAUAUGACCCUGCUGUGACAUUCCUCUGCAGCUUCAGUUUGAAAUCCAAUGAGGAUUUAUUUUAUGACGUCAUAUGGUAUAUUGAUGGACAGGAAGUUGUCAACCAAACAGUGGAUAAGUCCAUUAAUUAUACAGCAGUUAUAACUGCUCAUGAUAUGUUGAAAACAAGGAAAAAGAUUGGGUCGUACGUACACUGCAAAGUGGGCGCAAAACGCAAAAGAGAAAACGACCCAUGUCUUUACAAAGAUGGAAAUCCAUUUUUUACUGGAAUAAAG